AUGGAGGGGGUCCCUGAACGGAUACUGGGGGUGUGGGUGACUCCGAACGGAGACGCAUCGCCGUCCUGGGAGAAGGCUUGGGAGAGGGGGAGAAGAGAGUUGGUUAAGUGGGAGAGCAAACAUUUGCUAACGGCAUCGAGGGUGACGGUGAUCAACAGCUACAUCAUGCCGAUUUUCUUGUUCCAGGCGCAGAUCUACCCGCCGCCGGAAGAGCUCUGGGGGAAGAUACGGAAAACAUGCGAUAAUUAUGUCUCGAAGGGAGAAGUGACUGCGGAGAAGAUUUUCGUUCUCUGGAGUGGCAAACUCACUCGUCUGCCGAAGAAGAAGGGAGGUUUGGGGCUGAUCGACCCGAAGGAACGACUGGACAGCCUGGUGAUACGUCAGGUGGGGAAGUUCCUGACGGAGCAAGACACUACCAAGCGAUGGCUGACGGAAAAGGCGGCGGCGAUGCCGCAAGGGGUCGCGUCGCUUUUCGCUCACAAGUCUGCGGGCAAGCACUGGGAGAAGGGGAGCCAGAGGUGGAAAGCGAUAGCUGAAGUUUUUUGGGAGUCCCCUUUCGCCGACCUGCCGGCGCCCUCCAGCAGCUGGGAGGUGGAGCGGGAGCUGCUCUGUUUCAACCGCCACAUCAUGUACCGCGGGGGGAGCCCGUUCGGGAAUCAGAAGGGAACGUCGGGCAUCCUGAAGACCAGAAUGGGAGACCUGCUCACAAUAAAAGAGGACGGGAGCAGAGACAUCAAAGAUGUCAAAAUGUUGGCAAGGGAGUUCGGAAGCGUGGUACCGGCCCGAUGGGCGGAAAAGGCGUUCGAAGCAGCCCCGGCGGAGUGGAAAGCACUGCUGAGGGCGCCCAGAACAGCGGAAGCGGUUGUGGCGGCCGCAAAAGUGGUGCGCACGGUCCUGGCUCGCACGCAGGAGUUCCUGUACUGGACAGUAAAAGAGGCUAAAGACGGAGAAGUCGUAAUGGAAGACAUUCGGUGCUCGGACGGCCUGAACCUGGUAGUGCCGCCGAGGCCAGUGGUGGCUGCUUUCUCCGCCAAGAGGACGGAGCCGGUAGCGAUAAAAGGAGGGACAGUGCUCGGGGCGAUGGGCGAGCCGAGGGCGAAGUUGUGUCAGACCCUGCUGGUGGGAGAUAACAUGAGACCGGCGGCACCUAGGGAGAUCAGAAGAGUAUUAGCGGGGCCGGCGGGGACGUCAAGACGCAGACAUGAGUGGGACGAGGAGCUAGGCAGGAAAAUUGAUUGGAAAGCAGUAAGGGAGAGGAGGGACUCCUUGGCGAUCCCCUACAGGGCGAGGGAUGUGGUGUUGAGGAUGCACAGCAAAAACCUGCAGGUGGGGGGGAGGCUGGUCUGCCUGGGCUCCAGAGGAAACUAUCCGCACUCUGGAGGCCCACAAACCCUGGACCACUACAUGCGUACCUGUCCAGUCAUUCAGCCGGUGAUCGGAGCUCUCUUGUGCUCUCUGGAAAUGAUUAACCCGACGGACCGGACAAGCUCGCUCGGGGACAUGCUGUUCUCGGAAGGAGCCACGAAGUCCGGAGACGAACGAGCGGCAAUCGCAAGGAUAAGCGAGGCAGGGGUGCAAGCCACAUGGAAGGUGGAAUUUCUCUCCGUUUGGCAGAACCCCAAAACCUUCCACCGGCCGCCGUAA